CAAGCUAUCUUGACGGUGGCUACAGCACGUAAAGGGGCGUGCACUUGUGUUUCAAUGUUGGACAAACAUGCUUUUGGCAGUGCGCGACGUCACUUGAACGCCUCGCAAUGGUGAGAGACAGAAAGCACAAGCUCUCAAUGCUCAGCGAGAGGAAGAGCUACAACACCCUCUCACAGCCAGUCUAAAUCUAUCACCCCAUUCAACACACCAGUGGAUAGGUGUAGUGUGAAAACUGGUCAUGUCAGGACAGAGAAAAGGAGCUUCAGCACGUCUUCGAAAAUGUGCCUUUUGUCGAACGAACCGAGACAAAGAGUGUGGACAAUUACUGGUAUCAGAGAACCACAGGGUGGCAGCCCACCACAAGUGCAUGCUUUUCUCCUCCGCACUGGUAACGUCUCACUCAGACAGUGAAAACAUUGGAGGCUUUUCCAUUGAAGACGUAAAGAAGGAGAUAAAGAGAGGAAAUAAAUUAAUGUGUUCUUCCUGUCACCGGCCCGGGGCGACCAUUGGCUGUGAUGUCAAGACAUGCCGGCGAACAUACCACUACUACUGCGCUCUUUGGGACAAGGCUCAGACUAGGGAGAAUCCCUCCCAAGGCAUCUACCUUGUUUACUGUCGCAAACACAGAGAUGCUUCUCAAGAUGCUAGUGAUGAUGAACAGGGGGUUGCAGCUAAUGACUCAGAUUCGUCUCCGCCACGGAGCAGGGGCAGGGGGCGUUUUGAGAAAAGCAGAGUUAGAGGUGUGUCACGAGGACAGUCAGAUGACACUCGAUCCACUUCUUCACAAGGCAAUGAUGAUACAGAGAGCUCCUCACAUCGGGACCGGUCGCCUCUGAGAGGCAGUCCCAGUGAUUCAGGCCUUCGCUGUGGCUUCUGCCAUGCUGGUGAGGAAGAGAAUGAAAUGCGGGGUGUGCUCCAUUCUGACAAUGCAAAGAAGGUUGCUGCACACUACAAAUGCAUGCUUUUUUCAUCUGGAACCGUCCAACUAACUACCACCUCGCGUGCCGAAUUUGGUAACUUUGACAUUAAAACAGUUAUCCAGGAAAUAAAGCGAGGAAAAAGAAUGAAAUGCACCCUGUGUGCCCAGCUUGGAGCCACCAUUGGAUGUGAGAUUAAAGCCUGCGUAAAGACCUACCAUUAUCACUGCGGCCUGCAAGACAAAGCCAAAUACAUAGAGAAUAUGGCCAGAGGCAUUUAUAAGCUAUAUUGUAAGAAUCAUAGUGGAAAUGAGGAAAGGGAUGAGGAAGAUGAGGAGAGGGAGAGUCGCAGUCGAGAGAGAGCUGCUAUUGACAACAGCGCAGAUCCUCUACCGCAGGUCAACGGAAAUUAGAUGGAUGCAUGAAGACUGAAGACACAAUAAGAUGGGGCAAAAUAAAUACUUUUGUACAAUGCUCAGUUAGAAACUAGGGGCCAGCUCGCAAUAUCUGACAAUUUCAGUUUUCCUCUCUUUGACUGUAUUUCAUGGACAUUGUGAAUGAGAAUUAAGUUUAAUAUCAAAUUAUAUUGAUAUGUACUGCACUGUAAACCAUAACCUAGCUGGAUAGGUUCUAUUUAAACAUUUGGUAUAAUAAUACUUUAAACCACAUGACUGGAUGGAUGGAACAGUGUCAUGUACUUGUGCUUGCUCCUCCAGUUUCCACUUUGUCAAGCUGCUUUAACUGGACACACUCUGAAAAGACUGCCCUCUGACUGUUUGUGGUCCAUCUCCUCCAAACUAUGAAGUUAAAUAAGCCUUUCAAAGUAAUUCUCAUUCAUGAAACUAUCUUUACCUCUUUUUUUUCUCUCUUACAUGUAUUAUAUUUUACUACUGUAUUAUACUCAUGAGUAAUAUUGGAUAUGUGGUUUUCUUUUUAGUACAAGUCAAGAUUAAAGAACAUUGGCUAGCAUGCACUUUUCUAA